CAACUGGAUUUGGGGGCGCUGUUUACAUCACCUAUUGUGCAAUAUGAAUGCCCGGAUGGUUAUACGCUCAGAGGCUCGUCGUGCUAUAAGUCUGUAACGAGUAGACAAUCGUGGGUUAACGCAGAGAAUACGUGUCAAGGACAUGGUGGCCAUUUAACUGCCGUAGAGGGCUACUCAGAAAAUCUCUAUGUCGGCGCACAGAUAUUAGAGGAUGUUAAAAAUGAUUAUGAUUCUCCGGAAGUAGAUGAUAUUGACGAUUGUUGGCUUGGAUUUACGGGUCCAAACCCCGCCGGGAGUAAUGAAUAUGACUACGCUGAUGGGAGGAAAGCCACAGUGUUCGACGGUCGAUGGAGUGAUACCCAACCAAAUGAAGAAGACGGCGCAUGCGUUGAACUUCAUCUUUACGAAAAUAAUUACCCAUGGUAUCAUUCGCCGUGUAUUCAAAUGAGUCCUUUCGUGUGUGAAAUUGGAGCAUGCGCAGAAGGAGAAUUCCGUUGUACAAAUGGUGCUUGUAUCAAUCCUGAUUGGGUAUGCGAUGGGACGGUCGAUUGUGGUGGCGGCGAUUUCUCCGAUGAGAUUGGAUGCGCAGAGGAUUGCGGUGGUUUUCAGACUGGUACUUCGGGUACUAUACAGACAAGUGGUUACCCUGACAACAAUUACGACAUCCUCCAGGAAUGUGUAUGGAUCAUAGAAGGACCAGCAACGUCAAAGAUUAAAAUAAAGUUCCUUGAUCUCGUAACUGAGAAAGACCACGAUAUUGUCGAAGUGAUCGACGGACCUGUAUACGACGCCUCAAAAGUUCUCGCCACGUAUAGCGGCACUGGUACCCCGGAUGAGGUGGUGAUCACUAGUACUAAUUCUAUGACUGUUAAGUUUCACUCGGAUAGUACCACUACAAAAUCAGGAUUUACAGCGGACUGGGAAGCCAUAUUUUCUACGUGUGGAGGAGAGUUCAUUGCCGAGGUUCAUAAAAAAAAUCUAUCAAGCACGGAAUAUUUUGAAGAGAAAAACUACCUGAACAGCGAGGACUGCAACUGGCAACUUGAUUCGUAUAGCGCACAGACGGUCAUAACAUUACAAUUUGUCACCUUUGAGACACAAGAAGAUACAGAUAUGAUAUCAGUGUUCGAUGGUGAAGAUGCUGGUGCUGCUCACGUAUUAGCGUUAUUUUCUGGUUCGGAAUUACCAAACGUUGUGAUAUCCUCCAAACAUCAGAUGAGAGUGGACUUUAAAAGUGACGACACUGUCACCAUGCGUGGAUUUCAUGCUUGGUAUUGGGCAGGCUGUCAAGGAAUUGAAAUUGUACGGUCACAUGGUUACAUAAGCACUCCUGGUUACGGAGUAAAUGAUUAUCCCGGUGAAAUAAUGUGUACCUGGGCCAUUGAGGAGCCAAGUGGCAAACCAUUAACAUUGAUAUUUGAUGAUGCAUUUGAACUUGAGUUGAAUACGGAUGCAGAUUUUGUAACGGUGUAUGAUGGGAUUGAUGAUAGCGGUGACAUACUGACAGGUCCAUGGAGCGGUAAUUCAGGAACAGUUACAGACGGUACUCUUCCACCCCCUAAUUCACGUUCAGAAAAUGGAAUGUUCUAUGUUGUUUUCACUAGUAGUCAACAGAGGAAUGCAAUGGGAUUUAGAGCAAGGUUCUCUCCGGACUGUCCUGCAAUAGACAUUGGCGACGGAGUUAUUGCCAGUACAAAUGAGAGAGGUUAUGGUACAGUUGUUCAGUACAGUUGUCUCCCAGGGUUCACAAAGCCAAGUCGCACCGUCGACAGCCUGACCUGUGAAUACGGCGGAGAAUGGAAUGAGGGAGACAAUUCAAAAUACCCGUCUUGUUCACGUGUGCGAUGCGGCAUCCCACCAGAUGCUACAAACGCUUUCUUCUAUAAUGUAUCCAGCAUUGCCUACCAGGGCGUGGUCAGUUAUCGAUGCGUUGAGGGCUACACGUUCUCGAGCAGUGCAAUGUCCAUGGUAUGCCAAGCUAAUGGAACGUGGGGACCCGAAAUUCCUUCAUGUGAACCUGUCGUGUGCCCUGGGCCAAGUAUGCCAGAUCCGAUGACAUAUGUAGUUGUUGGCGGUGGGGACGAUCUAAUCUACGGUGUAACUAUUUCCUUUGAAUGCCCCGACGGAUACAAUGUUAUUGGUUUCACAUCUUCGAUUUGUGGGUCAGACGGAGAAUGGACGGCAGAUCCAGGGGAUUGUCAACGUAUAAAUUGUUCAGAAUUGGUCAUAACAGAUCUCAACAUGGAUGCCACUCCUGAUAUUGGUCCUUACUACGCUGGUGAUAAUAUAACAUUCAUCUGCCAGUCUGGUUAUCAAAUAGACGGACCUACCUAUAUUACAUGUAACGAUGAUACACAAUGGAGCGAUUCUCCGCCAACAUGCACAGACAUCAACGAAUGCGAGACAGAUACGGAUAGUUGUGGAUUGAAUCAAAUUUGCCAGAAUACAAAUGGCGGAUAUGAAUGUCUCUGUGUUAACGGCUUUGAAGUUGACGAGUCAGGAGACUCGUGUAGUGAUAUUAACGAAUGUGCUGAUGACGAUUUAAAUGCGUGUAAUAUCUAUAGUGAAUGUAAUAACAUCGAUGGAGGCUACACGUGUGACUGUUUUAAUGGAUACAUACUCUUUACAACUGAUGGCACUAGUGGGUUCUACAUCCCUCCUGGUGAGAGCGGGCUGUCCAUCGGUGAUAUGUACGUCUUCAACAAGAGCUGUGUCCCGUUGACAUGCAUACUACCAAAUAUCAAUGAUGCCGUCGUCAUCCCACGUACUCGUACGGUAUACUCUAUUGCGGGUUUACUUCUUAUCGAGUUGAAUGUCACACUGACUGUCAUAUGCAACCCUGGCUAUCAACUCAAUGGGCAGAAUAUUCUUACGUGUCAAUCAGAUGGCGAGUAUGAUUAUAAUUUGCCAACCUGCGAAGCUGUGUCAUGUGGUAAACCAGAGGACAUCGCCAAUGGCAUGGUACAGGUCAGCGACCCAGCUUAUGGGUAUUUUAGCAGAUCAUCGUAUUCAUGCGACAGUGGAUAUAACAUAUAUGGACCUACAGUAAGAAUGUGUAUAAAAGAUGGUUCGGAAUAUAAAUGGAGCUCAUACCCACCAACAUGUAUUGCUGUUGACUGUGGUAAUGUGACGUUGGUUACUGAUGGUUCAUGGUCGUACAGCAAUGGUUCACAGUAUGGAAGCAUUGCAACACUUACAUGUGAUGAUGGUUAUGGACCUUUGGGUGAUGACGAAAGAACCUGUAUGGAAGAUGGUAGUUGGAGUGGCAUACCAGCGCAAUGCACAAUUAUUGGUGUAUGUGAUGAUCCUGGUAUGGUACAAAAUGGGCAACGCCUUGGAGAUGAUUUCUCAGUAGGAUCCACUGUUUCAUACACUUGCGACUUUGGAUUCACUCCGACUCAUUACCUUUCAUUAAUUUGCGAAGGACGAGAAGUUACAGUUAUCCCAACAAUUCCAACAACAACGAAAGAAGCGGAAUCAACAACAACAACAACAACAGCAACAACAACAGAAGAAGAAGCAUCAUCAACAACAACAACAACAACUGCACCAGUGGCAACAACAACAACAACAACAACACCGCCAACAACAGAAGAAGAAGCAUCAUCAACAACAACAACAACAACAGCAGCAACAACAAUAAUAACAGAAGAAGAAGCAUCAUCAACAAGAACAUCUACAUCAGCUAGAGCUACAACGAAAACAAGUACAGAGGAAGUGACUGGAUCGAACCGAAAGAGAAGAGAUGUCCAAGUAGAAGUGGACGUAGUUCAAGAAUUCCUUUGGAAUGGCACUGCACCAGUAUGUUUGGACACAUCGCCACCUGUAAUAUACUGUCCAGAGAGCUUCCUUACACUGACCGACGAACUAGAAAUUGACAUAAUCUACCCACAUGCAACUGCAACUGACAAUGUCGGAAUUGCAAGUAUUACGUAUGAACCACCAAACGGUACCACUGUAUCCAACGUAAACUAUUUGACAGUCACGGUAACAGCGCAGGACAUGUCUGGAAAUGAAGCUACUUGUGAAUUCGUAGCUUGGGUGGAACCGGAGUCGUGUCCAGAUUGGUCUCUCGAAACCCCAGAAGGUGGGCAAAAGGCGUGUACUGGUUUAGUACCAGGAUUAUUUGGUGGUUAUUCCUGUUCCCUGGCUUGUCCGAGUGGAUACGACUUCAUACAAGAGAUCGGCACUCCCGGCAAUAUGUAUUCAUGCAGACUUGAAGGGAAAUGGCACCCGCAUAACUAUGUUCCUGAUUGUGUGGAACUCGAAGUUCCGGAUUAUUGCCUGACUAUUGGGGGCGUGUAUACAGCGACAACAUCAAUUCCAUUGUCGUGCACAGCUUACUACGAGAGUAUAUUAGAAUAUAUAAUACAGUCGUUAGAUCCGCAGCUAUCAGUCCUUUGCAGUGACAUUGCUGACACAGUACAGAUUGUACUGACUGAUACCUCUGCCAUGAUUGAUGGUCAAAAUGUCAGCGCAUCUAUUUCAAUGAGUGUUGUAGCGUUGCCUGGCAAUACCAACAGGACAGCGGUAUCUAUAUGCGGGGAGCGGAUUAUGGAUUUCAUUCUAACGUCGUACAAUGAACUUUCUAGUAUACUAGUAAUAGAAAGUCAGGCUGCUACCUGCCCAGAGAUUAUUUUACAGGGUUCCCCUACUGAAGAAUUCCAGGGAUGCUGUUGCCCUCAAGGGUCAAUUACACGAGGAUGCUAUUGUUUGACGUGUACGCCCGGAACGUUCGAUGACGGCGACGCUUGUCUCAGCUGCCCUAUAGGUACAUACCAGAAUAUGACCGGUCAGACGUCAUGUCAACAGUGCCCUGCUGGUUACAGCACAUUGCAAGAACACACAAAGAAUGACGAAGAGUGUCGAGAACUAUGUAGGCCAGGAUUCUAUUCUACCAACGGAGUUGCACCAUGCCGACGUUGUGAGAUUGCUACAUUUCAGUCUGAGUACGGGUCGACAAGUUGCACACCCUGUCCAAAUGACACAUCAACAUACGGCGUUGCUGUAUCGGAGUCAAGCUGCAGAGAUUUCUGCGAACCUGGGUCGUUUUCUAAUACUGGUCUAUCGCCAUGUCAACAAUGUCCCCGCCAUACCUAUCAAAACGAUAGCCGAGCAACGGGAUGUGAACCAUGCCCCAGUGGAAUGGGGACAUUAGCUCCUGGGUCUUCCAGUGCUGACCUUUGCGUUGAUUACGACAUUUGUGUUGAGUUGUUACCGUGUCUGUCUGGCGGUACGUGUUCAAGUUAUGGCCCACUCAACUAUACCUGUGAGUGUACUAAUCUUUACAAAGGAGAUCGAUGUGAGUUGCCAGCGUUGUGUGACAGCGGCCCCUGUCAGAAUGGAGGUCAGUGUGAACUUCGCUUCUCAUCGUACGUGUGUAGCUGUGUGGAUGGUUACAUAGGAGAUUUGUGUGAAAUCGACAGGGAUGAAUGCGCAUUUGACCCCUGUCAAAACGGUGCUACCUGCAACGAUCUAGUCGGUUCAUAUAGAUGUGAUUGCGUACCUGGUUACCAAGGAGACCAAUGCGAUGAGGAGACGAAUGAAUGUGAUGGGGAUCCCUGCGAUCACGAAAUCUACUGUGAGGAUUUGUUGAAUGCGUUUAGAUGUGAGUGCGAACCUGGAUUUGAAGGCGUCCUGUGUGAUGAAAAUAUCGAUGAAUGCGCACCGGGUCCCUGUAUGAAUGGAGCCACAUGUCAAGACGGGAAUAAUGCCUACUCAUGCAUCUGUCCUAAUGGUUAUGAAGGUUCUAGAUGCCAGAACAACAUCGAUGACUGUAUUGGUGUCAAUUGCCAAAAUGGAGGAACUUGUGUCGAUGGCCUUGAAGAGUUCACCUGUGAUUGUGUCUACGGAUGGGGAGGCGAAUACUGCGAUGAGCAAUCUGCGCCAUGUUAUCCCGAUCCAUGUGGAAACAAUGCCACGUGUGUAGUUCUUAUCGAUGCCGAAGACUAUGUAUGCCGUUGUAUCUAUGGUUACACUGGUUAUUAUUGCGAGGAGGAAGUGGACGAGUGUGGUUCGAAUCCGUGUAAGAACGGUGCAAACUGUACCGACCUAAUAAACUCGUUCGAAUGCAGUUGCGUCGCGGGUUUCUCUGGUUUAACAUGCGAUGUGAAUAUCGAUGAAUGUGCCAAUGUUCCUUGUGAGAAUGGGGGUAUUUGUACCGACCUUGUUAAUGGUUAUACCUGCCAGUGCCCGACUGGAUAUAGCGGUCAAAAUUGUGAUCAAGACACGGAUGAUUGUAGUGGAGAUCCUUGUGAAAACGGUGCCACUUGUCAGGAUGCGUUUAAUGCCUUCAGUUGCAUUUGUGCUGCAGGAUUUGAAGGGGAGAUAUGCGAUGAAAACAUCAACGAAUGUGAUGAGUUUCCGUGCCAGAACAAUGCUACCUGUAUUGACACGAUUGGAAGCUACUCCUGCCAAUGCAUCGAUGGAUUUGACGGAUUUUUUUGUGACAAUAACAUCGAUGAUUGUCAGGAUACAUGUCAAAAUGGUGCGACAUGUCACGAUGGCCUUAUGACAUUUACCUGCGAAUGCCUGCCAGCCUACGAUGGUGUCUUAUGCGACAAAGAGAAAUCAGCUGAUUUUGAUUUAUUCCUGACUGGAACAGACAUGUCUAUGUCCCUAUCGACGCAGUACCAAUGUAUCAAUGAUUUUAGUGUGUCCCUGUGGGUGAGAUUUGCUAAUGCAGGCUCGACUGGUACCUUCUUCACAAUCGCAGUAUAUGGAGGCGAGAAUCUAGCGAAUGAAGUUCUGAUUGUACUCGAUCAAGACGUCACUGGGGUUAACGACGGCACCUGGCAUCACGUGGCUCUGAUUGUGUCUGAGGGCGCUGUGGCCAUCUUUGUAGAUGGUGCUCCAGUAUCCUCACUUUCGUGGACGGAUGUUUCGGAUCAAGAUAUGUGCAUCAUUGUGCUAGGUCAAAGCUAUGAUGAAAACGGCGCACUCGAUGAAUAUUUUGCCUUUAAUGGCGACCUGACCCAGGUCAACGUGCACUCUCAAGUGUUAUCCUUAGAAGACAUCCAACUACUUGCAUCGAAUUGUUCUAAUCCACUCGGCGAUGUUAUCUUGUGGGUUCAGAUGGACCAAGAUCUUACCGGAAAUGUUCAAGUAGUGAGACCAUCCCAAUGCGGAGGAACGAGCUGUUCUAUUGGUCACACAGGUUCCGAUUGUAAUACCGUUAUAGAUAAAGUGCCUCCUGUCGUUAUAUCCUGUCCAAAUACGACUAGAAUAAUUAACCCUGAUAGUAGUCUCUCCGUUGGUGAAUGGGAAGAACCGAUUUUCACAGAUGAUGUCGGUGUGGUCCGUGUGGAACAGACUUUUGCCAUAGGUGACACGUUUUCUUGGGGUACAUACACCAUAGGAUACGUUGCAUAUGACGCUGCCAACAACUCGGCCCAGUGCAAUUUUCUUCUAUAUGUGCUUCCUUUUGACUGUGAAUAUCCCGACGUACCAGUCAACGGACUACACGUGUGUUCACCGUUUGCUUCUGGGCAUUUCUGUGUGAUUGAAUGUCUUCCCGGGAAACGGUUUGUGACUUUACCCCCGCCAUACUACAUUUGCGGCGCCGAGGGUACCUUUGAUCCUCAAAACUCGGAUGUGGCCUUCACUUUUCCAGGAUGUGCAGCACCUGGAAGAGGCAACCAAGGCGUAAACUGCCAAAUGAGAGGAAACUCAAACGCUGGCACUUGCAAUCAGGGCAUUAUUGGACAACUCAUUCAAUCCUUCAAAGACACCAUGAAUUAUCUGAACACGCUGUAUGGUAUAUGUGGUGGAGAGUGUAAUUUUGACGACCUCGUGAUAGAGUGCGAUUCAGCGAGGAGACGAAAACGACAGACAGGAGGGUCAUUUGUUAUUAAUUAUUCAUUUACCAGCAACGCUACCGACGUUGACCCUUCGCUUGUCAUUGAGGUCGCUGUCAAAGAUGGGAACUUCACAAGUGGUGGAAUUACGAUCGAUUCGGAUAGUCUUGUAGUGUCAACUAUCGUGAUAUGUGAGAACGGAAGUGUUCUUGCCUACAAUAAUGAUGCAUGCGUGCAAUGUCCCAGUGGUGAGUAUCACGAUAUAGACUCUGACACGUGUCUGCCAUGCGAAAUGGGAUACUAUCAACCAGAUGAAGGCCAGACAGAAUGUUAUAAGUGCCCUGAUAAUGACAUAACUCAUGGCAGAAGAUCGAUCGACGUAUCCCAGUGUGUCGCUCGAUGCACUGCUGGACAUUAUUACGAUAGCAGCGCAUCGCAAUGUGAACCGUGUAAAAGAGGUUACUGGCAAGACAAAGAGGGAAAGUUUGUAUGCAAUACAUGCACAAAGGGGAUGUUAACUGACGAAGAGGGCGCUACCAAUGCUUCUCAGUGUCUUGAGGUGUGUAAAUCCGUUGGAAUACAACUCGGCGUCAGUGGUGAAUGUGAACCUUGCCAAAAAGGAACAUACCGGUCAGACGUUGACCAACAAGUAUCGUGUAUAAUGUGUCCUUUUGGUUUCACUACCGAAGAGUCUGGUGCCGACUCAAUUGAUCUGUGCAAUGUUGCUGACUGCAAUGUAGGUUGGUAUUUGAAUAACGGUGUCUGUGAGAAGUGUCCGCUAGGAACCUACAAUCCACUUCGCCAUCAAGAUAGAUGUCAGUCGUGUCCUGAAUAUUACACCACCAACACUGAGGGCGCUUUAUUUGAAUCGGAAUGCGUUGAUGCCCACGAAUGCCGACUUGGUACAGACGAUUGCAGUGAGAACGCUGUCUGCAGGAACACCGUACCUGGGUACACGUGUACAUGCCUGCCUGGCUAUAUGGGCGACGGCAAAGACUGCCUAGACGUUUGUUUUGACUACUGCUUUAAUGAUGGUUUGUGCGAAAAGGAUUCAUAUGGAAACGCAAGCUGUAACUGUAAACGUGGCUUUAAGGGAGAUAGAUGUGAAGUGAAGAUGGGUUCAACGUCCCCAGGAAUUUCUGACGGUCAGACUGCUAUCGUUAUCGGCGCUGUUGCAGGAGGUGUUGCAGCGAUCCUUGUUUUAGGCGUUAUUAUUCUUCUCAUUUAUAAGAGGUUCUCUUUAUCGUCCAAGGAGCAUCCGGGCUGGGAGACGCAAGAAGCGACAAUGGAUUGGGUGUUUGACGACAUCGAAGAUAACGGAGAUGUGAUAGAUAAGUUAAAGAAAGAAGAGGAAUCUUUUAAUGAGAUAUUUCACUACAACCCAAUGUACAGUGAGAGUGCCGGUGGCAGCAGUGUUGAUAUCACACAUAAGUCUGGCUCUAUGAGGACUUUUAAGUCACAGGAUGAAAGUGUACCAGACAAUGAUGCAUACUUUUAA